UCCCCCUUCCUCCUCCUCCUCCUCCCAUCCACCAAACCUCCGCGAAAGGGUGUGCGUUUUGAAGGUUGUAUGAAGCAGAACACCACUACAGACAGGACUAAUCGCCACUUGGUUUGACAUCCCAGGACAAGCCGCUGAAGCCAGGGCGGAGCACAGCCCAAGUAUUCCCCCAUCAUCCCUCUGAGCUGAGAUUCCGACCAAGGUCUUGUCUUUUGGGGAGCACAGUAGAAAUGCCGCAUACGCGGACAUUAAUGUCAAAAAGUUUAAUUACAUAGGGUACGCGGCAAAAUGCAGUGUGGCAGCUGUGUGCCUUCUCUUCAAGGUCAGUAUCUGAGCACCGCCGCCUCACGGGCGAGUUUCCUGGGCAGCCGGAGGGAAGAAGAUGCGUGGAGGGGAUGCCGCUGUGUCUCGCUUGCCUCCAGCAUCAACAAUGACAUCUUUCACCGAAAAGGACAUUGAUAGUCACUGACACAGAAACGGACAAGCUUGUGAAACACCGCUGUAAAAAAACGAACAGGAUAGGUUUGCUUUUUACAGUAUUGUCUGUGCUGCUGUGAAAAGGAACUCUUUACAGCAUCUUACAGCAACAUUUCCUGGUUGCUUUCAACGGCCUGUGUCGGUGUGACUGUUUACCUGGACACAAGCAGCAAAGCUAGCUAACGUUAACUGACAGAAUGGGCUUUUGGUUCGGUUUAAGCUAGUCGAACCGACCGCUAACGUAAGUUAGGAUGUUCGACGGUUGAAGAGUUGGUUAACGCAGCUGUAACGUUCCCAACUACCUUGAACUUACUUGAUUUUCAAUCGGACUUUUACCAAGUAAUUUCUUUUCAAAUCACAUCGGCUUUUUUUGUUCAACAUCAUGCCUUCGGGGACAGGUUCACACAGCCCGGCAGGCAUCGGUAAGAGUUUACCGGAGCGGGGACUGCUCCUGCUGAUGGUUUUGGUGUUUCUGGAGGGCUCCGUGCUACCUCUCGGAGCUGCCAGCUCUCCGGAUAUCAGCCAACAGGAAAAUGUGGACAACCACAAAGUGACGGACGAAGGGCAUAACUUCACUAAAAAACCUUUCCCUGUGCUCAGCCUCGACUACAAACACAUACAGGUCCCUUUUGAAAUCUCAUUAUGGGUGCUGCUUGCGUCUUUAAUGAAAUUAGGAUUCCACCUGGUUCCUCGUCUGUCCGGUAUUGUGCCAGAGAGCUGCCUGUUGAUUGCGGUGGGCCUGCUGGUGGGGGGGCUCAUCAAACUAGCUGGAGAAAAAGUCCCCCCGGUGCUGGACUCCAGAUUGUUCUUCCUCUGCCUUCUGCCGCCCAUCAUCCUGGAUGCUGGCUACUUCCUUCCCAUCCGUCCCUUCAUGGAGAACCUGGGCACGAUCCUGAUGUUUGCUGUUGUGGGGACCUUGUGGAAUGCCUUCUUCAUCGGGGGCCUUCUUUAUGCUGUGUGUCAGAUACAGCCAAACAAUCAAAAUGAUCUCCAUAAGCUAGAGCUCCUGCCUUGCCUGCUGUUUGCGUCCAUCAUCUCAGCUGUGGAUCCUGUUGCUGUCCUAGCUGUGUUCGAGGAGAUCCACAUCAAUGAACUGUUGCACAUCCUGGUGUUUGGCGAAUCACUGCUCAACGACGCUGUCACUGUGGUGUUAUACCACCUGUUUGAGGAGUAUGCAGGUGUUGGCACAGUGACGGUGAUGGAUGGUGUCCUGGGAGUCAUCUCCUUCCUGGUGGUUGCAGUGGGUGGCGUUCUAGUCGGAGCUAUCUAUGGGAUCCUGGCCGCCUUCACCUCACGAUUCACAUCCCACACGCGUGUCAUCGAGCCACUUUUUGUCUUUGUGUACAGCUACAUGGCCUACCUGUCAGCUGAGAUGUUCCACCUCUCUGGCAUCAUGGCGUUAAUAGCAUGUGGAGCAGUGAUGCGACCCUAUGUGGAGGCAAACAUAUCCCACAAGUCCCACACCACCAUCAAGUACUUCCUGAAAAUGUGGAGCAGCGUCAGCGAGACACUAAUCUUUAUCUUUCUGGGUGUGGCCACGGUGGACGGACCUCACGCCUGGAACUGGACCUUCGUCACCGUCACUGUCAUUCUGUGUCUGGUGGCACGGGUCAUAGGUGUGGUUGGUCUGACCUACGUGAUCAACAAGUUCCGCAUCGUCAAGCUGACCACCAAGGACCAGUUCAUUGUGGCCUACGGUGGCCUGCGAGGUGCCAUCGCCUUCUCCCUUGGCUUCCUGCUGAACAAGGAUCACUUUCCCAUGAGAGAGAUGUUCCUUACUGCCAUCAUCACGGUUAUCUUCUUCACUGUCUUUGUUCAGGGCAUGACCAUCAAACCCCUGGUGGAGCUGCUGGCUGUGAAGAAGAAACAGGAGGCCAAGCGCUCGAUUAAUGAGGAAAUCCACACCCAGUUCCUCGACCACCUACUCACUGGAAUUGAGGACAUUUGUGGACACUAUGGACACCACCACUGGAAGGACAAACUGAACCGCUUCAACAAAAAGUAUGUGAAGAAGUGCCUGAUUGCAGGCGAGCGCUCCAAGGAGCCACAGCUCAUUGCCUUCUACCAUAAGAUGGAGAUGAAACAGGCCAUUGAACUGGUGGAGAGUGGAGGGGGAGUCAAGCUGCCUUCUGCUGUGCCUUCUACUGUUUCCAUGCAGAACAUCCAGCCCAAGAAGCCUCCUCAUACCAAGCCUGCAGAGAGAGCUCUGUCCCAGCUGCCUAAAGGCCGAGAGGAGGAGAUCAGGAAGAUCCUCAGGAGUAACCUUCAGAGGACACGACAGAGGCUGCGCUCCUACAACAGACACACUCUGGUGGCUGAUCCAUAUGAGGAUGGCUUCGGUGACUUCCUUCUCAAGAAGCAAAAGAUGAUUGAGCUGGAGAAGAGGAUAAAAGACAUGAAUAACUACCUGACGGUGCCUGCUGCUCCUCCUGACUCCCCGACCAUGUGUAGAGCCAGACUGGCCUCAGGCACAGACACUGAUUUCAAACCUGCUCAGCAGCAGAAAGGCAACAAAAUCUGUUCAGACCCCCAAGCCUACAGCAUGAAGCCGCCAUCAGACAGCGUGCCGACCAUCCAGGUAGACCUGGCCUCUCCUCAGUCUCCAGACUCCGUCAACGUGAUGGAUGAGUUCAGACGGGCCAACCAGCAGGAGGAGGACCAGGGUCUGAUGAUGAAGCCUCCCUCGGGGCCGAGUGGAUCUAACAAGCCAGGCGAGGCGGACGGACCCAGAGAACAGCAGAAGCUGAUGAGGUGCUUGAGCGACCCCGGCCCCAGCGCAGACGAGGACGAGGAUGAACCCUUCCUGCCUUGAUGUGGCAGACUGGAUAUGGAGGGGUCAGACUGCAUGCCUGCCUUCACUGGUUAGAGGAGAGAGGGCUGCUUCACUGCUCUGCUCUAAAUAAUCUCUUUGGUUUAGAUACCAAAAAAGCCAAAACUGCUAAUGCUGUACAAACUAGAAAGAGAAAGCAAAAGUAGAUUGAGAAGGGAAAAAAAGAGCCAUUAGUUUGUUAUUGUCAUUGCUCUUUAUUUUUGUAGACAGGACUGAAACAGCAGUCACUGCUAUCUGAGAGGUGGUGGAGUUUAUGGUUAAUAGUCUGAGACAUUCAGGAAAGAACUAUGCAUUACCAAAGGUUUGGACUGUUUUAGUGUCAGACAAUGUCAUUUUUACUUGUCAGACUGUUUUUCUUUUUUCUUCUUGUCAUGUUUGUUCAUGGUUUUACUAAAUGUCUUUAAAGUUACGUUCUUUCAUGCUGGGCCUCAAGGACCUAAAUGUAAUCAACAAAGCAAACCGGUUCGGUUUUCACUUUCAAACAUAGCACUUGAGUUAAACGUGUGUGUUUUUAAUCCAAUAUCUCACUGAAACUUUGCUUUCAUUCUGUCACUUGAAAUUGCUGGAUAUUCCAUCAUUUAGAUACAAUAUUUGGCCUUAUUUUAUGUCAAACCUUUUCACAUGGUGCAUUUUUAUCUUUGUUUUAUUUUAAUUUCAGGGGUACCAACAUCUGUUUGCAAACUGAGUUUGUUCUGGUGUUAGUGGGAUGUAGGUUAAAAGCUGGGGUUAUUUAGUCACUGUGUAAAUGAACACACACAGUUCUUUAUAGUCGUGCUUACAGACCUGCGGCCUUGUUCUGUGGCUGGUUACGUGGACUUGAACAAUUCCUCAUUAUUGUAUAAAGACAGAUGUUUUGAUGUCAGUGAUCAUGCUCUUCUGAAGUGAAAUCACAUGUUGUCAUGUCACGUUUCUGUGUAGAUGUUUUAUGUUUUACCUCAAUUUUAGAACACCCUUUAAAACUCACUGAAGUAGGGGUCAAGUUGUUAAGAGUAGAUGUCUCUUAAUAAUGAUGUAAUGAACAAGUGCCCAUCUAACAGUCACCUUCACACUCCUCACCCUACGAGCUGAUUUUAAUAUAUCAGAUAAUAAUCAAUGCUCAUUUUCUUUUACAUGCUUAUUUGCAUUCUUCAAUUUUUUUACUGGCCUUUACAAGAAGCACUUGAGUCCUACAUCACUGUUGAGCUUAUUGCAGGACACGACAAGUGAAGGUUAGUUUGUACAGAAAUCCCUCUUAACCUUCUUGAAAUCUAAGACUGUAGGCAUGUCAUGGCAAAAAAAAAGUUAUUCUAUGCAGUAUAGAUGUGUAAAAUAUGUAAAUUAAGUAUAAUAUCCUAUAUUUAUGAAUACCCUUUAAAACUGAAGUCUUGUAAUCUUGUAAACAUGCAACACAUUGAGGCAAACCACAGCGAGAGUCAAAGCUAAAAUCAAACACGGGCAUUAAAAUAAACGGUCACAAAAACAGUUUGCACAUCUGAGCAAGACUGAAAAGUUAUCUGGAGGUACGAAAAUGUAGUCUUGUGUUUUGUUGAUAGUGUAAGCCAUUCUUUACUUUACUGUACAGUGUGUAUGAUAGCCAGUGUAAAAUACAUUGCACAUAUUUUUUACACUGCUGCUCGGUGAAUUGGAAUAUGACAUAAAACAUUUAUGUUGUUGAUAUGAUUUGCUGAUUCAUAUCCAUUUGAACAUCUUAAUGAAAUACUUACCAUGUUAUUAGUUUGUUUUACAGAACAGCAAAGUGCCACAGCCAAUAACAAUUAGAUUGUAAACCAACAAGUAUUCUUUCACCCAAGUCUGUUAUCAGUAUGAGUGUAGUUUCUCCAUACAGGCCAUCCAAAGAACUUACUGUGGAAAGUAAACAUUAGCAUUGAAACACAGUCCUUCUCUGAAGUAGGCUGAGUGAGUCACUGCUCCAGUUUUUUGGCUGUUUUCUAGGUGUUAGUGACCACUGAAUCCUCCCUGAUCCUCUUACAUUGAGAAGGCUCACCUUACAGCCAAGGUGAACGAGCAGAAGAACCUGACAGGCUUGUUCAUUUUCCUCAACUCUUCUUCUCUUAAGCAUCUCUAAAUGUCUUUCUAUGGUUACUGUAGCAAGGAUAAGAGGAUAUUUUGUCUGUGCACACAAGUAAAUCCAGGGGUGUAUGUGUAUGCAAAUAUGAGCAUACUUGCACCGUUGUCAAGUGUGUUUGUUCCUUUUUUGUUUUCCCCUGACACUUUUCCUGCUUCCCAAUUUCUAAAAGGAUAAUUGCAGCUGAGAGAUGGAAGGGUCAAACCUUAAAGCAUCUCAUUUCCUUGUCUCAACCAAAUUGAAUUUCCUGUCUGAAAUGUCUUGUGUGUGUGUGACGGACAGUCGGAGUGGAGAUGUGUGCUGAAAAUGUCAACAAGGACAGGGCCAAAGAGAAAAAGGCUGUUUAAUACCCAGAAUUGACAAGUGAAAUGACAUGCAGCACUUUUCUCCAUCCUCAAAUUCUCCUUUAAUCAUUGCUUAAAGGACAGUGAUAUUUACAUGCAGCAUUUAUGAGGUUUUAAAAUGGUUUAUAAACUGCAGCUACAGAAGCCCUGAGAACUACUUCUCUCAAUCUGUGAAUGGUCUCUUAAUGCAGUGCUGUUGGGACUAUUUCAGAGAUGCUCUAUGAUUUGGCUUUAAUUUAACAGCGGUUUGUUACUGUCUUUACACUUAACUGCUGUGCAGAGACUGCUAAGUAGGUUUCAGGAAGGUUGCAGCAAGUAAUGCAUUUCUUAACAUACUCCCACUUGUGAAAACAUGUAACUGUGUGAAUGCAAAGCAGGGUAUCUCUCAGAGAAUUUGCAUGAUGCUCUGCACAGAUGUUGUAUUUUUCAUAUCGAAACGGAUACAUGAGUCAACAGAAGUUGGUGAUGUGAUCAAAUAGAGGGAAACCAAAAACCUCCUGUUUAAAUGAAAACAAUCCUCAAAACAAGAGACAUCACAUCCCUGAUUACUUCACACUAUUCCAAAGACUUUUAAUUUAUCAAAAAGAAAAGAAACACUAUUUUCAUACUUUUCCUUUUCAUACCGAAUGCAUCUUUUUGGGCAAACAUUCUCACACUGCUUGGAGGGAAAUGUUUGGUGCAGAAAACCUUAAUCUGAAGCCAUACAGCCUAUAGAAGAACCUAUUUAAUUUUAUUCAAAUAUUAUAAUGUUAUAUACACAUCAUUUUUGCCUUCAUUUUGCUCGACGCAUAAAGCAAAUGAAAACCUUUACAAUUACAUCGCUUGUGUCUUCAAAUGAAUGCUUGCUGUUCUUAAUUUAAAAUUUACUACAGCGCUGAAUUGUUUUAAGUCGUGACAGUUUUCAUUGAAUGUGUUGGUCUGAAGUACAAUGUCAACACUGUUGCCUCACCAGCAUUUGCAGCUUUAAGUUUUUUCUAUUUGCUUCAUAACACUUGUGCGCUUUAUCUGUUUAACUGCUUUAUUGUAAGACUUUUUUUUUUUUUUUUUUUUUUUUUUUUUUUGCUUUACAGGUAUAUCAAAGUCCCUUGCUUUUAUUGUCAAGUGCUUACCAUCUCAUGUUUAACUUUAACCGCACUCCAGAGGCAUUUGUCAUCCAAACUUUGAAUUGUGGAGUUCAGGCUCGAGUAGAAAGAGGCUGAAUUUAUAGCUAUAAACUAUAAUCAGUAUGGCUUAUAAGCUUUAUGUUCAAAUUCAGUGCUGUUGUUGUUUCAAUGGGAAAAGUAAGGUGAAGGCAUCAAUUACAAUCAGCUACGUAUGCGGACAAGACUCUUUACCUUAAGGCCACACUGGGGCUUUUGCAUAUUUUGCAUGAUUUUUGUUUGUUGUUUUUCCCUGGUAUCCAGGCAGCCAUUAGUUUCUAGUCAUUCACUGGAGCAUAACAAAUCUUGUAAAGACUUCAUCUCUAUCGCCAUGAACAUCAGGUCAGCUUUUAGGUCUGUUACAUUGCAGAUUUACCAAACAGUUUUUGGGUUUCUGUAUUUGUUUCUCCUGUCCACACUGGCUGUAAAGAGAUCCCAACCUAAAGCAAUUUCAAUGUAAGUGAUGUGUGUGAAAAAGCAUUCUUAAGUUAAGCUGAAGAUAAUAAGUCUUUAGUAGUCUGAGUUUGUCAAACCAAGUCGGUGUCUUCCAAAGUUGAAGUCUUUUUAGUACAAAAUUCCCCCUUUGUGUUACUAUCCUUCUAGUGUUGCUCAGCAAGGAAACACUGUCCGAUUAAACACAAACAGGGAAUUAUGUACUAAAAAGACCAUAACAUUGGAAGAUACCCUCUUUAUUUUUUUUACUCUAAGACUGCUGAAGCCUCAUAUUAUCUUCUGUAGCGCACUGGAAUGCAUUUAUGUAUGUAAUGUGGACUGUGGAUUUUGUCCCCCACCACUUACAUUGAAAUUGCUUUAAGAAAGAUCUUCUAAGGGCCAGGAGGAACAAUUACAGCAACCAGUAUCAAUAUUUGUUUAAGAUUUUUGGACAACAUGUGAAUCUAUCUUUUAAAACUGCAGCACUAAAAUGAAUGGAAAUAAAUGUUUGCCAGAAAAGUAGUAAAACAGAAACAAAAUCCUAGACACUACAGUUAUCUUUGAAAAACUGUUAUCACUAAUUUGGUUACUACACGAUUUGAACUACAUGGGCUAAAAUAUGCAAAAACACUGGUACGUUCCUUUAAGUACUGUAAGAUCUGACCGGCCUAGCAGUGCAAGGCUUACUGUUACGUUGCGGAAUAACAUUAGCCAAAUACUGACCAAUUAUAAAGGCAGUAAGACGCAUACACGCACGUCAUCAACAUAAUGACCCUGCAGCGUCCUCCCUUGUUUACUUCAUCGCUCUCCAAUUUGCCUCAUUCGGCUCUUCUUGUACUCCACCAUUUUACACCAAGCACUUUAACAAAGAUGUAUCUUUAUCUCAAAACACUAAUGUUAGAGAGAGCAAUAAGUGGCUUUAAUAUAGUGUACACAUUGUGCAUGGUUAUCAGGUGACACAUCAUAGGGAAAAAGGAAUGUACUUUCUGAUGGGCCUUAUAAACAUGGAGCAGAGAAGCUGGGAUUUUAAAUCCUAGUGACUGCUGUGCUAUGUCUUGAUGACAGAGUGGAUUAUAUUUCCCUUUUAUUCAUAUUUUCUUUUUCUUCAUGGGUUUGUUGAAUUUAGGUGUCAGUCAAUUAUUUGCAGUUUGCAAAUUUAAACUUUGCAAUAAUUAAGUUUUUUUUAUUUUAUAUACACAUGAAUGGAAAUAUAUAUAUAUAUAUAUAUAUAAAAAAAUUAGAGUAUUAGAAAUGUAUUAUAAUGGUGUACAAAUCAGAAUCUGAAAGAUAACAAGUGUGCACUUUCUUCUUGAUUACUAUUUAGCUUUCAGCAUUCCAUUCCUGUAAUGACCAGUAAAACUAACAACCAGAAAUGAAACUAUGUCCGAUACUAUAUACCAAAUUAAAGUUUUACUUUAUAACAA